AUGUCAGCGAUGCCAACGACUCCGACGUUUCCCUUCCGGACGCAGCUGCUCUCUGGCCGACGUCGCUUCGCGCUUCGCACUUCGCGUCUCGCCUCUCCGUCAAACUUGCGCUCCCGUGCCCCUGGCCCCCGAGACCUUCUCCUCCAACGGCCCUCAAGUCGGAAGGCGGAGGCGGAGAGCAAUCCCCCCCCUGCCCCCCCUCCCCUCCCCCCCCCCUCCCUCUCCCCCGAGGGGCAGGCCCCAGGCACUGACGGAGAAGCCUGGGCCUGGUGGACAGUCUCGCACAGUGGCGUGGCUGGUGAUGAUGCAUUGGCCCACCACGUGUCGUCCAGCUGUAGCGCAUUCGGUAUGCCGUCGCAGUCGAUGCUAGCUUCUGAGCUUCUCGUCGUGGGAGCAGAAUGGGCAGUGAUGAUCCUCGAUCCUCUCCCCGUCCUUGAGGUCUUCGUCACACUGAGCGUCGCCAGCUUCAAAGACAUAGACGGCUUCUUCAUCAGGCUUGAGGACCUGGAAAGGGCAGAAGGUGCCGUCAUCGCGACGGAUCAGACAGGAGAGCGUCCUCUUUGUGCCUCGCAAGAUAUCGGUGAUCCAUCGAUUGACGCAGGUCAUGACAUGGUCCCCGCGCUUCGACUGCCCCUGCCUUCAAUGAUCGGUCUGACAGAUGGGACACUUUCGCGUGGAUUCCGCCACAGCGGUGUUGAACAGCUGGAGCAAGACGAUGCGGCUCUGGUAGAUCUCUGGGCGAUCGUUGCCGGUCUAGAGGAGAGCCUCGCGCUGGAGCAGCACGCUGCUGCGGGCUCGUCGAAGCUCGAGGCGAGCCUGCCUCCAGCUCGCGAGGAGCCUCACUCCGCCGCAGCUACGCGAGUCGAGUCCACGGUCCUCGACGGGCCCGCAAAAGCGCUCCUCGAUGCCUUACGCACUGUUGCGCACUUUGCUGGCCUCACCUACCCUUCGCCAUCGCCAUCGCCAUCGCCAUCGCCAUCGCCAUCGCCAUCGCCAUCGCCAUCGCCAUCGCCAUCGCCAUCGCUAUUGGAUCGCCCCAUUAACACCGCUGCAAUCUCCACUGCUGCAGCACCAGGCUUGCAAGUAUUGCUUUCUCAGACACAUUUCGCGCAGCUCACUGACCCAGCUCUGGCCCCUGCCGCUCGAUAUCACGACCACCACUGCCACCAUCGCAGACUUGCUUCUUUGCGCAACGCAGUCGCAAUGCAGUAUCACUGCCUUGAGGCCUAG